GGUGCUAAGAAGAAGAUACGUGUUUAUUUACUUUUCGGAAUGGCAAACUCUGGCGAGGAUUUUCAGGUGGUAACGCGCAAGAAAUGGAUGGCCCGGAAGUGCCUCAGGCGGCGGGAUCGCCACAAAUCAGAGAGCGACUAUUUAAACGACUGCCCGGAUGUGAAUUUGGAGAAAUUUCAGCCACGUCUGGAAAACUUGUGCACUGAGAUGUGCCAGACCGACUACUUCCUGGUGGCCAUGGAAGCCCUGCAGCAGCAGCUGGAAGGUAUUAAAAAACCGCUGGAAAGAAUUGUCUGCCUGGGCCUGGGACCCUUCUCUCGCACCUAUCAUGCCCUUCAUCAGGCUGCCUUCGUAAUUGGUCUUCAGCGGCACCACAAGAUCAAGGAGGCCCUCUUCUUCGAUCCCGUUUUCAGGGACAGCGAGAAAGAACUAAUCCGCCACUUUGGGGGUUGUUUAAUGAGCGAAGACUGCGCAGGUAAACACGAAGCGGAGGUACCAACGCUCUACUAUCUGCCCCACUGCCCAUACGCCCUGAUGCACAACAUCUUGUGGUCCAACUGGAAAAGGGACACUCUGCCCAAUGUUUUUCUCAUCUCAAAUAGCUUUGAAAUGCUGACAAUGAUGCGGAAAAGCCAGGAUGAUCACAUAACGAGAAUAGUGGAACAUUGUACAGAGACACCGUUGGAGGACGACUACGAACACCACAAUGUUUUCAAUGAUUUGUCGUUGCACACUUUUCCCGGGGAAGCCCUGCCAGGCAGCGAUGACGAAACUUUUUGGACUCGAUGCGCUCCCUUAAAAGUAAACGAGGAUGAGCUAAUCACAGAAACGGAGACAGAUUUCGCCGCUCUAAAGUUGGAAUCGGAGUAAUUUGAGUUCUUUUUGUUUAGUGGUUUAAGGGUGUUUUUAGUGGAUCUAUAAAAUUUAUCAUUAGAUCAAAAAACCAAAAUAUAUAUGCUAUUCAUUA